CCUCCCGGCUCCUCCCUCCUCCCUGCGUCCUCCGCCUCCUCCAUCCUCUCCAAGAGGCCGGGUGGGCGGCCGCGCCAACUUCUCUGAACGUCCCCAAGUUGCCGGGUGCGCGUGUGGAGUGAGGCGAGGAGCGCGGUGGAGGGGCGCGGGGCUCCUGGAGCCUUGGCUGCGGUUCAGGAAGCCGCCGCCGAUCGCUAGCGGGUUCGGGGCCAUGGGCAGGACCGACCGAUCGUUUACGGGCUGGGACACUGCCCGCCUGGCGCCGCUUCCCGCCUAGCGAAGGGACCGGACCGGCCGCGCCUCCCUCCCUGCACUGGCCCGGGACGCAGAGUGGGCGCCGUAGGGAGCAGGGCCCCAGCAUCUUCUGAGCCGAGGUCUCACUUGGGGGCGGAUGCUGCCCCGCGCUGGACGCUGGCCUCAGGAGAAUCGGAUCUGGCCGCCGGGAGGAGGAGGCUCGGUAGGGAAUGAGUGUGUCCCCCACCUGAAGAGGACAAGUUGGGUCCCAUGCCAUGCCCUUGAGCUGAGUGUCUGCAGCCAGCCUGAGGAGCCCCAUGACCCCACCUCUUCCCAUGGAGAAAGGACUCACUUUGCCCCAGGACUUUGUACAUAGUCUGAAGAUUCGGGGCAAAUACGCCCUGUUCCUGGCAUUUGUGGUGAUAGUUUUUGUCUUCAUUGAAAAGGAAAAUAAAAUCAUAUCCAGGGUCUCGGACAAGCUGAAGCAGAUCCCUCAAUUUGUGACAGAUGCCAACAGCACGGACCCAGCCCUGCUCUUAUCGGAAAACGCAUCUCUCUUGUCCCUGAGCGAACUGGAUUCUGCCUUCUCCCAGCUGCAGAGCCGUCUGUACAAUCUCAGCCUACAGCUGGGCGUGGAGCCAGUGAUGGAGGCCCAGGGGCCGGAAGCUGCAGCAGAGAAGCCAUCCCCGCAGGCUGGAGCCAUCCCGCACCGGCGCCACGUGCUCCUCAUGGCCACCACCCGCACGGGCUCCUCGUUCGUGGGUGAGUUCUUCAACCAGCAGGGCAAUAUCUUCUACCUCUUCGAGCCACUGUGGCACAUCGAGCGCACCGUGUCCUUCCAGCAGGGAGGAGCCAGCGCGGCGGCCUCGGCGCUGGUCUACCGCGAUGUCCUCAAGCAGCUGUUGCUGUGCGACCUGUAUGUGUUGGAGCCCUUCAUCAGUCCACCACCCGAGGACCACUUAACUCAGUUCCUGUUCCGCCGGGGAUCCAGCCGCUCGCUCUGCGAAGAUCCAGUGUGCACACCCUUCGUCAAGAAGGUCUUUGAGAAGUACCACUGCAGGAACCGUCGCUGCGGGCCACUCAACGUGACCUUGGCAGCAGAGGCCUGCCGCCGCAAGGACCACAUGGCCCUCAAGGCCGUGCGCAUCCGUCAGCUGGAGUUCCUGCAGCCGCUGGCUGAGGACCCGAGGCUAGACCUGCGAGUCAUCCAGCUGGUGCGCGACCCCCGGGCGGUGCUGGCUUCACGCAUGGUGGCCUUCGCGGGCAAGUACGAGAACUGGAAGAAGUGGCUGGCAGAGGGGCAGGACCGGCUGAGCGAGGAUGAGGUGCAGCGGUUACGGGGCAACUGUGAGAGCAUCCGCCUGUCUGCAGAGUUGGGCUUGCAGCAGCCAGCCUGGCUGCGUGGUCGCUACAUGCUGGUUCGCUACGAGGACGUGGCACGCAGGCCACUGCAAAAGGCCAGAGAGAUGUACGGCUUCGCGGGCAUCCCCUUGACCCCACAGGUGGAGGACUGGAUCCAGAAGAACACACAAGCGGCCCGCGACAGCAGUGACGUCUACUCUACUCAGAAGAACUCCUCAGAGCAGUUCGAGAAGUGGCGCUUCAGCAUGCCCUUCAAGCUGGCAGAGGUGGUGCAGGCCGUUUGUGGCCCGGCCAUGCGCCUCUUUGGCUACAAGCUGGCCAGGGAUGCCGCCUCGCUCACCAACCGUUCCAUCAGCCUGCUGGAGGAGCGGGGCACCUUCUGGGUCACGUAGUGGAGGAUGCUGGGGAGGUCCCGGGAAUCCCUUCUGGUGAAAUGCUGGCCCUGCUUCCCUCACACCCAGCCUGGCAGUGAGACACAGCACUGGCAGGGAGUCAAAAUGGGGAGUGGUGAUGUGAGCACAGGCUCUGGCUGGAGCUGAAAGGGCUCUCGCCAGCUGCCUUCCCCCAGCGCGGCCGCAGCUAGGACCGUGGGGGCUCCUCCGAGGACUGCAGUGCCCUGUCUCCUUCGUGGUACCGGUCAUUCCCACACACCUUAUGGCUUGCAUUGUCCCACAUAGACCCAGGCUGGUUCCUGUGUAUGACACACCUCUCAGCUCGGUCUCACAAUGUCACAGAACCAUAUAUGGAGCACACAAUGGCCUGUAGGCUGUGUGGGCCAGAGUCCAAACAUUUAACAACCAGAAGGGCGUAGGCCCUCUCCACUCAGCUCAGAUCUCCUGCUAUAUUGAGUGUUAACCUUUUCCUCUCUGAGUCAGAAAAGUCUGGGAUCCGGCUGAGUCCUUUGGAAGGAGGAGUAGCCUAGGGUGACAAUGGCUGUUUACCAACUGAUAUGAAACGGUUUGAUUAGCUGUUCCAGCUAAUCAUGAAUAUCAGCCUGGGUAGAGCAAGGCACAGAAAGUGCAUGAGGAGACGAUGCAAGGCUGGGCGUGUGGCUCAGUGGUAAAGCCCCUGCCUCCCAUGCACAAGGCCCUGGGUUUGAGCCCCAGCACUAGAAAAUAAGGAAAAACAAGACAUACAUGUACGUACAGCAGAGAGAGACAGCAAAGCAUCAUAAACUCACACACACACAUAAUCAUACACACGCUGACAUAGGAAACCUUCCCAUUCUUUCUCCUCAGUGGUUUUUAUUAUUUGUUUUGGGGUUGGUUUUUUUUUCUGUAUCACAUAUCUAAACAGGAGUCAUUUUUAGGGUUAUAUGGAGAGGGGGCGUAUUCAGGGACAAUGACACUUUACCCUGACCAGAGCUGGAAUGGAAUGAUGGUCUCUGACCCACCCCUAAGCAUCUGGGGUUGCCAUGGCUACCUCCUCUGACCCAUGCACACAGCUGGGAGGCAGAGUAUUUAGAGAUGGCAUGGCCGGACUUCGCAUGACUACAGUCCAAAGACCCCAUAUCCUGCUCACUUCAUUUUUGAAGGCUGCCUGAGGCCUAGCCAGCAGGCCCAGCUUUGGUCCCUGAAAGCAAAAGAUAGCUCAUAGGCCUUCUGUUUCCAGUCAGACCUCAUCUAGAGGCAGCCAAGAAGAUCAGAGUGUUCUGCAGGGAAACAUUACACUAAGACACAGCUUCCCUGAGCAGCCUGCUACUUCCCUCCAAGAUAACAGAGGUCAGCCCUCAGGUUGCCAUGGUUACAGCUAGUGUCUAAAAGGAAUGUCUACUUUGGAGCUCUGGGAAGAUGGGUGGGUAUUUUAUCUGGGUUUUUAAAGUUAUUUAUGGUGUGGUGCUGUUUUUGUUUUAUGGUGGGUUUUGGCUUUAUUUCUGUAGGAACACUAUUCAGUGCUGAUUGAGGCUCCUGGUAAAGGGAUAGACCAGAAGGAGGGGCCUUCUCCUUGGAGGAUCAAAGUCACUCAGAGCCCCCUAGGGCCCCACAAGCUUUUCUGUGUGAAUUCCAUGUGGGAUGAUUCUUAGAAGAUGCCAUUGGACCCUGGGUCUGUAACCCAGUUUCUAUAGUGUUGGCCUAGGGUGUAUGAAGCCCUGGUUUAAGUUCCUGUACCACAUCAGCCAGGUGUGAUGGCACAUGCCUGUAAUCCCAUGCCUGUAAUCUCAUGCCUGUAAUCCCAGCACUAGAGAAAUAGAAGAUGGAGACCAAAAGUUCAACCUACAUAUUGAUUUAGAGGUCAAACUCUAUAAAGACAAAAGUUAAAGCCUCAGCCUAGUGUCUCUGAGUGCCCACAGCAGCCUGUACUUCUCCAAACAGGUUGUUUGAAAAUCUCUUAUAAGCCCCAACAUAUGGCCAAAGGAAAGGAGGGGGGCUUGCAGAGACCUCUUGACUGAGCAGCUAGAUUCCCCAAGGCAGAAGCUCUUCCCUCUCUAUGCAAGCUGAGGCAUGGAACCCAGGCUAGCCUCGGACUUCUGCAGUAGGGGUUGGUUGCCACACUGAUUUUUCUGGACAAUUGCUACAUCUGGUACCGUCAGAGCCCAGGACUGAGCUGGUGUGAGGAAGGCAGACAUCGGAUGUGUGGCAGGAAAGCAGGCAUAGCUGGUACUGGUGUGGGGGAAGGGACAAUGGCAGGACAUUCCCCACAUUUUAGGGUUUGUUAUCUGCUUGCUCAGCUGCUGGUCCCAAGCAUAGGUGAACUGCAGAGUCAAUCCAGCCAACCUCUGCUCUAGAGUUUUGACAAUCCAAGACCAAGUGUAUAGAAGACUGGCUCCUCCCUGGGGUCAAAGGGACACUAGCUCUUGGUACUUGAUAGAGACAUGAAGUUGUGGGCAGGCUUAGGGGUUCAGAUAUCUUCUCUCCAUGUCCCCCCAUGCAGAACACAUUCCCUUCUCUGCACUGCAUGUGAGGUGGGAGGGGCUGGCCUGGGAGUGUUCUUCCCUUUCCCUGUCCCAGGAGCCAAGGCCUCCAUGUCUCAGCUCUCUGAGGACAGACCCCCACAAUGAACCUUUGGGACUUCUCAGGACAUUGACAAUGUUGUGUGCACUGCAAGUUGACUUUAUUUAUUUUGUGGAAAGAAGGGAGGGUAUUAGGUGCAAAGCUGCAACCUAAUCAAGAAGUGCAAAUACUCAUAACAACAAUAGGAGCGAUUUGCAUGACACUCACACAUCAGGACACCUGGGGACCACAAAGAAGAUGAGACAGGACCAGCUCGUGGAAGGCCAGGAUGCUAAAGAGGUUCCGUGGGUCUAUUAUUGCUCAGAAGUUCAAUAGCAGGGCCCUCUGCUGCAUUUCCAUUGCUCAUGUAUCUGCAGCAACAGAACAACUCAGGCAGGGGGAUGGGUGGGUGGACCUUGAUUGCCUUGAAACACCCCUUGAGGGUCAGCCACCCGGGACAAGCCCUCAGGUUUGGAGAAUGACACUUUGGGGAAAACUAUUGGGCAUCUUUUCAGGUGAAGUGCUGAAUUACGCUUAGGGGCUCUUAGGAUAGGGCUAGAUGGAGAAAAUGGCCUUACUGGUGGGAUGGGACCACUAGGGAUCAAAGAUCAAAGAACACCCAGGUGGCAUACCACAGUGACUCCUAAUCGUUGGGGGUGUCUGUCCCAUGGUGGAAGAUGCACCCACUGAAAGCCAUUGGCUCUCUUGCCAUAAGUAGAGGUAGGGAGGAGUUAGGAGCACCAGGUGGUUUUAAUUCCACGCCCCCAAGUCCCUCAGUUCUCUUCCACACUAGAGCCUGUCCCCUGAGAGGACAGGAACAUCCCCAAGGCAGUCUCAUGUCCGUCUACCACAAUGGCAGAGGGGUGGCUCUGAGGCAGGGAGAGAAAGGGUUAGGGACCAGACCUCCAAGAAGCCAAAUGGGUCCUGCUAACCUGUACACAUGGGAAGAAGGAACUCCACUAAAAUCGGGGCUGGAGCUGGUGUAUUGUUUGUGAGGAUUCUGCGGCGUGGCUCAGUGAGAUGCCAGGAGGCGGUGAGUUCCCCGAGCACAGUCACAUCCCCUCCCAACCCCAAACACUCCCUGGGAUAAUGGAACCAUUCCUUACCUCGAAAGUACGAGGCAGAGCUUGUAACUCCAGUGUCUUAAGAGCGUCAAGAUCCUUUGACCUGUGUCCUUGUCACUACGUGGGGACAGACUUCUUAUGCAUUCCUAAAGAUUGAGACAUGGUGCUACUUUAGGGCCUUCCUAGUGCUGUGGAUCAGCCUCUGACUAGGCAAACAGAGCAUCUGUGUUACUGGCUCCCACUAUAUUUGGGCUUGAACUUUGCCUCCUGUGAAGUCUCUACCUCUCCUGCAUAUUCUGGUCCCUGUGUCUCAGCACCGUCCUCCACUUCAUGGUGAGUCCCAUGAAUGCUGCCUUUGUGUCAGCAACUGGACGCAGUGUCCCGCCUCAUGGCUACAGGGUGCAGGACAUCUCCUUCCCAGUCUGAAUGGUCAGGGCAUGUACAUGUGUGCUCAGGAGUGCAUGCACGUGUACGUGUGUGGGUGUGUCUGUGUGCGUGUGUGUGUGUGUCUGUGUGUGUGCGUGUGUGUGUCU